AUGGCUCAGUAUAUCAGAGCGACGCUGCUACUCGGCGCGCUCUCUGUCGCCCAGGCGAAAACUUAUGGCUACAUCACUGAGGUCGAAAACUACUCACUGCUGGCUCCCUGCGCCGCCAGCGCCAUCAAUUACAACUUCGAUCGACAGACGUACUCGACAAAUUGCGGCGACGAUGUGGGCAAGCUGCAGCCGUGCAUUUGCACAAACUCGACAAACUUGGCCGCUUUGACUUCGACCGUGUACGCUGAUCUCUUUUCUAGCUGCGGUGAGGGUGCGACUGAAGAUCGCAACAGCGCCUCUACAGUCAUGGACCAGUACUGCAACCCGAACAAGGCUGCAACGUUUGCGACGCCCACCACGAAUGUUGUCAAUGUGUAUCCCCUAGAGAUUCCUCAGAUCACAUAUUUGCCGUCUUGCGCGCAAUCCGGUAUAUCUGGAGCGGCAGCUAACGUGUACUCAAUCUGUCCCACAGCAGCUAGUCUGUGGGCUUCUUGCGCCUGUAGCAAGUCUGGUGUUGUUGAACCACUGACUUCGAUCAUUGGCAAAUCUGUGCGAUCAUCUUGCUCCAACGGUGACGACGUGACUGCUGCUCUCAACUUCUUCUCCGAAUACUGCGACAUGGGCAAAGGCAAGACUACGUUUGUGCCUCCUCCAGGACCACCAGGAGAUAUGACAUAUUACAUCACUGGUCUGUCGCAAUACGUUAGCUUAAGAGACUGUGCCAAGAGUGGUGUCUCCGAGGCCGUCUUCACACAAACAAACUGGAAGUGCGGCAAAGGACCCCAAGCACUAGCUUCAUGCGUGUGUCUUAAGCAGGGCAUGUCGCUGUCUGUCUCCUCAGAUCUUACUGCCAGCGUCAAGGGCUACUGCAGCAGCACCGCUGCCGCCGAUGUGAGCUCGGCUUUGGCCCUCUUCGAAUUUUACUGCAGCGCCGCCGCCAAGAAGGUGGUAGCCACAGCGUUGGAAUCGAUUUCGGAAACUCGUGCAACCGGUAUUUCUCAGACGGGAUCACGACCCUUGGGUCCUGGUCAGACGAAUGGCAGUUCCCCGGAUGGUUCGACUGGUGGAGGCGGCGGUGGCGGCCUGUCGCGAGGAGCCGUCAUUGCCAUUGCUGUAUUGGCUAGCCUUGUUGGCAUUGGUAUAUUCUUGGCUAUUUUCUUCGUCGUUCGUCGCCGUCAUCAGAAAGCUGCGGCCGAGACACAGGCCAAUGACAACACAGCUUUCGGCGACGCCACGAAGCCUGUGGAUGGGCCGACUCCCACGCAAUCGCCUUGGUCAGAGUUGGACUCACGUCAUGAAGCCGUGCCUCCAGCAAAUGAAAUGGCGGUGACUAAUCAUGGCCAAGGUACAAUGACACCCAUGCAUGAGGCAGCUUCCAGCAUGGUUGCCCAACCACCUCCAAGUGGCAACUACAACGACGGCCAAGGUUGGAACUUUGGUCAAGGCACAGCGCACGAAAUGGACGCUGGUACCCGCCAUCCCAAUAAUGCUUAG